GUGUGUGCGUGUGUGUGUGUGUGUGAGGGAGCUGCAGGACGCUGCAGAUGAAGCAUGGCCGGCGACAGCGAGACAAAGCCAGGUGAACAGCCGGGAAAUGAGCGCGAUAACCGGCAGCCGUUUCUCAUCGGGGUCGCUGGAGGAACAGCCAGUGGAAAGUCCUCAGUCUGCAGCAAGAUCAUGGAGCUGCUGGGACAGAAUGAAAUCGACCACCACCAGCGGCAGGUAGCCAUUCUCAGCCAGGACAGCUUCUACAGGGUCCUGACCACGGAGCAGAAAGCCAAGGCCUUAAAGGGCCAGUUCAACUUUGACCACCCAGAUGCAUUCGACAACGACCUCAUAAUAUCAACUCUGAGAGACAUCAAGCAGGGAAAAACCGUUCACAUCCCUGUUUACGACUUUGUCAGUCAUUCAAGGAAAGAGGAGACGGUAACUGUGUACCCAGCUGACGUGGUUCUUUUUGAGGGAAUCCUGAUGUUCUCCUCCAAAGAAGUCAGAGACCUUUUCCAGAUGAAGCUGUUUGUGGACACUGAUGCGGACACGCGACUGUCACGCAGAGUACUGCGAGACAUCAGUGAGCGUGGUCGGGAUUUGGAAAGUGUCCUUGCACAAUACAUAACCUUUGUGAAGCCCGCGUUUGAGGAGUUCUGCUUGCCGACAAAGAAGUAUGCGGAUGUGAUCAUUCCGAGAGGAGUAGACAACCUUGUGGCUAUUAACCUGAUCGUUCAACACAUCCAAGACAUUCUAAACGGGGGUCUGACCAAGCGGCUCAAUGGGUGGUUCAUUGCUGAUGGGACAAACAAGACGCCGGCAGCCAUGGAGUCCAGCAGUCGCCCGCACUGAGUACACUACAUCCUGUCUAACUGCCUUUUUUAUGUGCUGGGAAAUGUGCAUAACAGACCCUGCUAUAAUGAACGGAGUGAUGGUGAGCGAGGAAAGAAAGAAAUGUUUCAGCAAAUGAUUUUCACUCAACAAUGCAAUAUAAUGCAUAGACGGGUUCUUCAAUGUCCCGUUUCACAUCACAGGAGAAACAGCAUAGCUACAUGCUAUUUAAUGGCCUUUUCCCUCCACCCCGGAGAGAAUCACUACAAUAAUGCAACUGGAUUCAUUUUGUUAAAACAUUCAGGUGUUCAGCAUUGAUUUAUAUUGUGUUUUUUAAAAAGUUGGCAGUGUUACCCGAUUUAUGUUCUUUCCAUUGUCCAAUUUGAUGUCUGACAUCUUCACCAAAGACGUUUCCUUGCGCAGUAUUAAGACUGUACUUAAUAAGAUUUAUUCAUUUAAAUCUACUAUUUAAUGUUUUCAAAAUCUGUUCUAGACACAUUUUCACACAUUAUAAAUACGUAAAUAAGUACUGUCAUGUUUUCCUGAAAAGAUUCUCAGGUACUACUUUUGCUUUGAUGCGUUGUGAUAAAUACAUGCGUUGUCUGAUUUAUAAAAUUCAUCUUUGCCACUUGGUUGUAUUUUAUACUGCAGUCUGAAAACACAUUGGUAGAAGGUGUUUUACUCUAAUUUUAGUUCUGUUACGUUUAAAUAAAUCUAAUUCAGGGUAGUGGCUGUUUGCUACUGAAAAAUA